AUGGAGUUGCAAACGGUAAUCCCUCUGCACUCAAAGGAUGAUACUUGGAUGAACCGAGGCAUUGCUCUCGAGUUCACCCUCCACUUUGAUGAUGUGUUGGAUCCGGAGCAUCUCCGCCGGUCUCUAGAGAGAUUGAUGGAAAUCGGAGAGUGGAAGAAACUCGGCGCUCGCUUGCGUCUCAAUAGCACUGGCGGACUUGAAUACCAUAUCCCCAAGCAGUACGAUGCGAAACGCCCCGGUUUCACGUUUUCUACCGUCAAGCGGGAUGGGUGCCUUAACGAUGAGCCGUGUGCUUCAACAUUGCCCCGGGGGACUGAAUUCCCGACUGUGUUUCCAUUCUCGGCCUCUGAUAUCGAUGGCUUACUAUACAAGUCUGAUUCGCCGAGGAAACUUGAAGACUGGAUAUACACCGAUCGCCCGCAGCUUGAUAUUCAUGUUGUUACCUUCCCAGACGCCACAUUAGUGAAGCUGGCAUGGCUUCAUACCUUGAUGGAUGCUUCAGGGCGGGCCAGCUUGCUCAAGGCGUGGACGGCUGUUCUUCGCGGUCGCGAGGAUGAAGUGCCUCCAUUCCACGGGUUCUUUGAAGACCCCUUAGCAGAUUUAGAUGCGCGGCCACCGCUUGAAUGGUUCGUUCGGUCGCGUUGGAUGGUGAAGAUUCUGCAAUGGCUUGGACCGCUGCUGCUCAUUAUCCGGAUCAUCUGGGAGAUGGUUGGCUACCCAAAGUAUGAACAUCGAAUGGUUUGUAUACCCGGCUCGGUUGUCUCAGAGAUGCGAGAGGCCGCAAUGGAGGAAUUGGCUGUGGGCGGCGACGAAGGCAAGCCACCUUUUGUGAGUGAAAGCGAUGUCCUCGUUGCAUGGUGGGCCCAGUGUAUAGUUCGGUGCAUCCAACCACCUGUGGACAAGCCCAUCACUUUGCUGAACAACUUCAAUAUCCGGUCCACAUUUCCAGAGCGGUUUCCGCAGGGUACUGCGUAUAUUGGAAACGCAUGGCUGACUGCACAUGCCGUUCUAUCUUCCGGCCUUAUGCUUGAGCGACCUAUCAGUUACCUGGCUUCCAAGCUCCGCCAUUCUCUUCUGAACCAGCGCUCUAAACAGCAGGUUCAAGCCUAUAUGGCUGUUCAGGAAGAGGGCAUGAACAAGGCUAGGGGUGAAAUUGCGUCGUGGAUCGGUCUUUCAGAUAUGCUGAUCCACUGCUCGAACUGGCACCAGGCUAGAUUUUUCAACGUCGAUUUCUCCUCUGCAGUGGUUAGCUCAGGUUGCGCUAAUGAAACGAAGAGCCACUCGCUGGGGAAACCCUCGCUCAUCAUACCGAGAACCUUUUAUCGAUGGCCAAUGUUAUUGAAUCUUGGAUCGGUUAUUGGAAAGGAUGCGGAUGGGAACUGGUGGUUGGUGUGGCACUUGAAGAAGGGCGUGUGGAGGGAAAUUGAGAGGCAACUUGCAAGUAUGAGAAGGUAG